CGCGAGACUUUACCGGAUAGAGAAAGCGCGAAUUCGACACACGACUCUUCUCCAAGCUGUGUCGGAGUUGUGUGUGCGGCUGCAACAGCAGCAGCAAAUUAGUUUCAGUUUCUCCCCGAAUGUAAACUAGCUGUCCAAGAUGCCCAAGAGGAAAAGCGGCUCAGCAAUUGAGGAGCCUCCAAAGCAGGUCAAUGCGGAGGAGGAAGAUGAGAGUGACAGUGACCAGGAAGAUCAUCCACAGAAUAGACAGGUGCAGGGUGUGAGUGAGGUGGCGAGUGAUGCAGGGAUUGUGGAGAGCAUCACACUGAAGAACUUCAUGUGCCACUCUCACCUCGGCCCAUUCACUUUUGGUUCAAAUGUGAACUUUGUUGUUGGCAACAAUGGAAGUGGAAAGAGUGCCGUUCUGACAGCUCUCAUAGUUACCCUAGGCGGUAAUGCACAUGCCACCAACAGAGGAUUGUCCCUCAAAGGAUUUGUAAAGGAAGGAGAAAGUUCGGCUGAUGUUUCGAUCACCCUGCGAAACAAAGGAAGGGACGCCUUCAAAUCUGAGGUGUACGGCCCAGCUAUCACUGUAGACCUGAGAAUAACACGCGAGGGGUUGAGAACCUAUAAACUGAGGAGCAAAUCUGGUCAAAUUGUCUCAACCAAAAAGGAAGAGUUGCUCUCUAUCCUGGACAAUUUUAACAUACAGGUCAACAACCCUGUUUCUGUUCUCACUCAAGAGAUGAGCAAAUACUUCCUACAUUCCAAAGGGGAAGGGGACAAGUACAAGUUUUUCAUGAAAUCUACCCAAUUGGACCAGAUGAGAGAGGACUUUGUGCACAUCAAAACCACCAAGCGUAUCACAGAAGAAAAAGUUGAGCAACAUGGUCAAUACUUGAAAGACUUGAAGCAGAAGUACCUGGAGAAAGAGGAGCGUUUCAAGAACCUGUCAUCAUUGGAUGAAAUGGAGACCAAACUAGAGGAGUUGCAGAAUCAAAUGGCUUGGGUUUUGGUGCAAGAUAUGGAGAAUGAGUUGAAGCCAUUAAAGGAGAAGCUGCAAUCAGACAAACAUUCUACGGAGAAAUACGAUGCGAAGGUGGAAGAAUGGAAGAAUAAGGUCGAAGAGGCUGAGGGGAAAUACAGACAGAUCGAGGAAAGGUUGGAGGGAAUCACACAACAAGUCCAGGAGCUCCAGCCCGAAUCUGCUCAGCUCAAGUCUGAGGCUCGGGGAAAAAAUGCCGUGUUGAACUCCAGUGAGGUCACUGUUCACAGGUGCAGGGCUCACUUGAGGGACCUGGAAAAGGACAAAGCUCAGCUGUCCUCAAGAAUAAAUGUUCUCAAGCUGAGCAUUACUCAGAAAUCAGGAGCAGAGAGCCAGGACAGAAUGGAGCGUGUGGAGCAGCUAAAGGCCGAGCUGGAAAACAUGAACCACCAGACCUCCACGCUCGAACAGCAGAUUGACCAGUAUCGGCACGCAUGUAGCCGCGCCACGGAGGAGCAAGGGAAAAUGAAGAGAGAGCAAGAUGUGUUUCAGAAGUCCAUUGACGCCAACAGAAGGAACCUGCAGAACAUGGAGAGCAGUCGCUCCAAUCGCCUGCGGCGUUUUGGAGAGCACAUGCCCGCACUCUUGACCGCCAUCGAUGAGGCUGGCAGAAAGGGACAGUUCAGGCAAAAACCCAGAGGACCUCUGGGUCACCUUAUCCGCCUGAAAGACCCGGAGCUGGCUCUGGCUGUGGAAGUGUGUCUGAAAGGCCAGCUGCAGGCCUUCACAUGUGAUAACCACGACGACGAGAAGGUGCUGCAAGGCCUCAUGUCCAAAGUUUGCCCAAAUGCCCGUAGACCUGCCAUCAUCACUAGCCAUUUCCUCCCACGUGUCCAUGACACAAGAUCACGGGCCGUGAAUCACCCCGAGUUCCCGUCCGUGCUUCACUCUCUAGAAAUUGAGGACCCUGUCGUUGCCAACUGUCUGAUUGAUCAACGGGGCAUAGAGAGCAUCCUGCUCAUUAAGAAUCAAACAGACGCUCGGCGAGUGAUGCAGGGCGGCGCCCCUCCUCGGAACUGUUCCCAGGCCUUUUCAAAGGACGGAGAUCAGGUCUUCAAUAACCGCAGUUACUCUGCUGAGCAGACUAGAGCCAACUACCUCUCUGGAGAUGUAGAGGAGGAGAUCAGGCACUUGCAGAAGGAGUUGGAGAACCAGGAAGCUCAGGCAACACGUUUCCAGCAGCAGAUGGGGAAGUUGGAUGACGACGUCAAACAGAACGAUGGGCUGCUGAGAAGGGCCCAAGUGGAGGAGAGGACUAUCAAAAACAAGGCCGCAAAGAUCAAACUGGAGCUGUCGGAGCUACAGAAUGUGGAAGAGCCUCAGUCAGAGGACCUCAAUCCCCUGGAAGAAGAGCUUCAAGAGAUCGUAUCUAAGAUCUCGUCGAAGUAUGCAGAGUGCGACGAGGCACAGGCUCAGAUGGCUGAUUGCAAGGCGGCCUAUGAGAAGGCAGAGCAGAAGUACAAGCAGCACAAAGAGCAGAUCUUCACGGCCGCAGAGGAUGCAGAGCAUGUCAAGGACGAGCUGAGUAAGACCGAUCAGGACGUGGGCAAGUGCAAGCAUCACAAGAAACACUACGACGAGAAACGCACUGCACAUCUCCGCAGCAUACAGGCGCUCGAAGGCAACCUAGAGAGCAAGGAGCAGGAACUACAGACGUCUGUGGCCAAAGCCACCGAAAUCUGUCCGGAGCGAGUGGAGGUACGAAGGACAGCCAGGAGUCUGGACAACGAGAUCAGCCGUCUCAAAGUGAAGAUCAGCACCCAGCAGAGGCAGCAGGGGAACCGUGACGAGGUAGUGAGGCAGUAUCAUGAGGCUCUGCAGAACUACAAGAACAUGGCAAUGCAAAUGAAAAACCUAAAUGGCUUCAUCCAAUGUCUCGAUGGUGUCAUGAACCAGAGACUCCAGGUGUACUCUGAGCUCAGGAGGUUCCUCUCGGCCCGCUGUAAAUAUUACUUUGACAGCACACUGGCCCAGAGAGGCUACACUGGAAGUAUGACCUUUAAUCACAAGAGUGAAACCCUCUCUAUCUCAGUGCAGCCAGGCCAGGGAAGCAGUGUGGAGUUGAGUGACAUGCGCUCUCUGUCCGGAGGCGAGCGCUCCUUCUCCACCGUGUGCUUUGUGGUCUCCCUUUGGGCCAUCACAGAGGCGCCUUUCCGCUGUCUUGACGAGUUUGAUGUUUUCAUGGACAUGGUGAACAGGAGGAUCUCAAUGGACAUGAUGCUAAAGGUGGCUUCCGGUCAGCGCUACAGACAGUUCAUCUUCCUCACACCACAGAGCAUAAGCUCUCUUCCACAGAGCAAAAAUAUCCGCAUCCUCCGUCUCAAAGACCCAGAUCGUGGCAUAAAUGAACAAAGUAGUCAAGACGGCGACGACGAGUAGUAGUUCUAAUACUAAGCUAUAUUAAAUGUUUUGUUACACUGAACCGGGUAUAUAAUGUUAAGUUCUGUUAUAUAGAGGGGGAAGGAUGGGAAUUUUGUUUAUACCUUGCCAAAAUAUUUGUUGUUAUAACUGGCACAUUUCUAAGUUAAUGAUGUUGUUUUAUGUAAAUUAAAACAAACGAGUUGGGAAAAAUA